AUGAGGUUCCUUUCUCUCACAGUCGCCUUGCUGGUCCUGGUGGCCACAGCACUCGCCGGCAAUGUGCUCGACCUCACAGCUAGCAAGGACUUCGAAAAGCACAUCGGCAAGUCGCAGGGCGUUCUUGUCAAAUACUACGCGCCAUGGUGCGGACACUGCAAGAACCUCGCGCCCAUCUACGAAAAGGUUGCCGACGCCUUUGCUCAGCAGAAGGACACCGUUUUGAUCGCCAAGGUCGAUGCCGACAAGAACAAGCAGCUCGGUCAGAAGGCCGACAUCAAGGGUUUCCCCACGCUCAAGUGGUACCCUGCUGGAUCGACUGUACCCGAAGAGUUCAACUCGGGACGUGAUCUCGAGAGCAUCGCCAAGCUCGUCACCGAGAAGAGCGGCAAGAAGAGCACCAUCAAACCUCCUCCCCCUCCCGCAGCUACGCAGCUCACCAGCCGCAACUUUGACGACAUCGUCUUGAAGGAGGGCAAGGAUGUCCUUGUCGAGUUCUACGCCCCCUGGUGCGGUCACUGCAAGAACCUCAAUCCGAUCUACCAGCAGGUCGCCCAGGACUUCUCUGGCGAUGACGACUGCGUUGUGGCUCAGAUGGACGCCGAUCAAGAGUCGAACAAGGCCAUUGCCCAGCGCUACGGCGUCUCGUCCUACCCCACGCUCGUGUUCUUCCCCAAGGGCGACAAGUCCAAUCCCCAGCCCUACAACGGCGGUCGAGGCGAGGAGGACUUCAUCAAGUUCCUCAACGACAAGUGCCAGACGUGGCGCACCAAGGGCGGUCUCCUCUCUGACCUCGCCGGUCGCAUGCCCGCCCUCGAUGGUUUUGCUGCUCGAUGGUAUACUUCGCCCGCAGACCAGCGUAGCACCAUCUACAGCGACUUCAUCGACUAUGUCAACACCAUGCGGGCCAGCCCCAAGAGCGAUCAGAAGAAGAACGAGGUGGCUGACUACUAUUUGCGCGUGCUGGACAAGGCCAACCAGAGCGCUGGCUACAUUGAGAAGGAGACCAAGCGCCUCACCAGCAUUCUCAAGAAGCAUGCCGAGGGCACCAGCCAGCUCGCGGCCAAGAAGGUGGACGAGCUCACCAAGAAGAAGAAUGUGCUGUUGGCCUUUGUCAACGAGCGCAUCGCCGCUCAGGCCGAGAAGCAAAAGGCGGACGCUGAGAAGCGUGCUGCCGAGCAGAAGGAUGAGCUCUGA